AUGACCGACUAUAGCACACAUACCGUUAAGAAACUGAGAGAAUUAUUUUGGAAAGCCAAAUUCGUACAUUUCAAUCCUUUAAGCAAGGCUGAAUUGGUUCAAUUAUGUGAGAAAUUUGACACGUUAUUUGCGCCUCUUACACUUGAAACCCUGCCAGAAGGCCACCCAUUGGAUGCGGACAAACUUGCAGAGAUUCAUGAUGAAAUACAAGAGAUACGUUUGAUAAAGGAAGGGAAAUCUACGUCCAAAGCACCAGCUUCUAGUGCUCCAGAGACUAAGCGUAAAAGAAACGAGGAUACGGCAACGGAAGCAAAAAAGCGAAAAGUUUCCGAUGAAAAGAGCAAAGAUGGAGCAGCCAAUGACCCAGACAUUGAGAAACCUCAAGAAGACACUACUGGAUUGUCUCAGACAAAAUCUACCAUGCCGCACGCCAAAAGUACAUCCACUCCGAAUCCCGGGUCACCAGGAUCAUCAGAUAGCGACAAUUCCGAUGACGACAACCGAACACCUGACGAUAGACCUAAAGAUGGUUCCGAGGCUUCCAAAGACGACAAAAAAUCGCCCAAGGUCAAGAGACGGUCUCCCAAAAUCGGAAUGAGUGGGACUUCUCCCGUUCCGCAGAAGGGAGCGAGCGAAGGAGAGCUUGAACCCCACAACCUUCACCUUGGAACCCACAAGGUGGAUGAUUAUACCAUGAAAUGGGAUCCCAUUGAUGAGAGCAUUCCAGAUAGUCGUCUGACUUGGUUUGAACGGGAGCAGCGUGAUAGUUGGAGGAAGAGGAAGGCUUGUGAACAGGCAGGGACACCGUACGAAGAGCGGAAACCAGAACCAACGAAGAAGUUCAACUGGAAGGAGAAGUUUUUGCGUGAAGGUAUUUGA